CUAUUUUUUUAUAUUUGCCUUGCUCUCUGAAUAUUGUUUAUUCACAACACUCUUGUUAAGACGUUACUUUAAAAUCUUACCACCGAAGGUAAUUUAUUUGACGAUACUAAGCGAAACAUCCUGUAGUUAUUGAUACUACCUGUGCGUGUAGCGUCGGCAGGUAAAAAAGAUCACGGUAAAAUGUCGCGCAAGAACGAUCUCACAUUUUACCGCAAAUACAUCGUUGUACGUUAAAGUUCUACUCGAAUGGGAAGAAUGGCGUGAUGAAAGAAAAAAAGAAAGAGAACAAUGAUGUGAUUAGAUCAACAAAAGCGAUUCCCUUUUUCAUUUCAUUUACCUACGCUUUACUUUUUCUGUCCGCACGAUUUCUGCGCAUACUCCGGCCUACCUGGCCAAUUUGUACCUAUUCGUCCAUGUGCAGAAACACUCCCUAGUGUCGUCGAUUUAGUAUAGCGGAGCGCGCUUAACGCGAUGCUACUAUGCGGUGUAUUGCGUGCAGCAUUAUCCGCAUCUUUCGGCACCGUCGUGCAAAUCGCGAUUUUUCUACUGCAAAAUUCGAAUAUUUCGAGAGUGCUCGCGUCCAUGCCACCAGGAACCGAAGACGAGAUUAUCCUAAUCGAGCACUUGCCGGGGCGGCGAGUGCAUCUUCAGGAUUUCUUCUGGACCGGCCUGGAGGACGCGCCACCAUGGGUGGACCCAAGUCAGGGUUUAACCUACUACGAGACCAGAACGAUCGUUCACACUGUCACGGUCUACACGCCGACCGACGAGAAGGUUCCCGCGUCGCCUCAUCACCCGGAAGCCCACAAUCCGGAAUGCGUAAUGUGCAUAGAACCGACACCUAGGUUGGACGACGAUGAGGAUCAGAGCAUCGGGGUCCUGAUUGGGGAGGAUCCAGGUCCAAGGUACUGGCUGCUGACGGUUCUUCGGCCAGGUGAGGUCGUGCCACCCAAAGUCGAGCUUCGUUUGGCACGCCUGUAUAGAGCCGCGUUUUCCAGGCAGCAACAACGGCACCUCGGCUUGCUGUCGACCGAUCCGCGAUCCCGGAGAAACGCAUUGUCACGUGGCUACGCAAGCCGGAAGAGUGCACCAGGACAUUUCGGAGCUUCGUCCCAAGCAGGAGUCCGUCAAACAGAGACUCCAGCGAACGCAGGUGAAGCGCAACCGACCGAACUGACCGUCGGUGACUCUUCAUCUGAUACGGCAACCGAAGCGGGCGUUCCGAGCUUAGCUGGGGACAAAACGCAGCUUCCGAACGACAUACGGGUCAAGUCUAUGAAAAUGAUUGAGAUCCCCAGGCCGAAGAAGAUGCUGCUUCCGACGUUCGACACUAUGGACGAUUACGAGAAACCCACGAAGGAGGGCCUCGCCCUGAAGAAAAUCAUAAAGACUUUGAAGGAGGACACGCAAGCCUCGUCGUCGGAGAACGACGAGUUCACAAGCAUUGAGCCCGAGAUUGGUACGAGCUCUGGCGAGUUAUUUCCGCGAGAGUUCACGCCAGCACCGUAUGCCAAAUCGAACGUCGACGUUGUUGCCUCGGAGAACCGCUCGACGACGAGCUUGAGCGAGAACGAGAGCGCGAGCGCAGCCGUGCGCUCGAAGAUGCGCCUGGUGGAUGGCUCGGUUCCGGGGAUCGUGAAGGUGCGGAUGCAAAACACGAGCGUCAUCGAAGGCGGUGCGACGAGACUGAUCUACUCGGUCCACCUGGACGGCAAGCCCGUCCCGGCGGAAACGGCCGCGAGGGACAUGGCGCUUCUCUCACCUCAAGAGGUCGCUCUGGAACUUGGCGCGCCGGUGAUUAUUCAGAGCGAGCCUUACUUGAAGGAGAGUCGACCCCUGGCGCUGUCGCGGAAGAGAGACGCCUGGUUGCUGAUAGGCGCAGCCAGCGCGGGUGUCGUUUUGUUAAUCGUGGUUCUCACCAGCUUGAUCCUGGCCGCCAAGAAGAAAAGAGCGCACAGUGCCGUCGUCGGGCCGCCGAACAAAAGUAUACUCAAGAAAGAUCGCGAAUAUGCGGCCGCGACUCCCGGUCUCGAUAACGCCGCGUUCUCAACGUCGGAAACGGAGGUCAAGACCGACGGUACCAGUCAGCGGCAAACCCCACGAACUUUGUCCAGAACUCCGAUCACGCCCGACACACCCGACAGUCUGGAGUUGGGCAUUCACGAAGUUUCCAGCGACAACGACGACGAGCCGAAGAAGGCUCGCGGCUCGGUACCUUGGGGCGUUCAGGAACAUCCAAGUAAGAAGGCAAGGCUGUCGCACGGCAGGAUGACGAGAACAAACGCGGUCGACCAGCCCGGAACACCCGACUCGUUGGACACGAUGGACGAUCACAUGGAAACAUUGGAGUCCUUGGAGAACGGCUAUGUCAGGCGGGAGGACUCCACCGCUUCUCCACGGUCUUAUCUGUCAAUGCCGUCGUGCAAGCAGUUCCCCAGCAUGAGAAGCGUCGAGCCACUGUCGAGGGUGCUGGAACCCGUCAUGGUCAGGCACCUGGACAUUGAUUCUCCAGAGCUGGUGCGUCACGACCGAAGCGACAAUAUCGACGACACGUUCCUCGCGAGGACGUCGAGCGCCUCGAGAGAUCCCGGAACCGUAGGGCCGAUCGUCUGGAACCUCAGCAAACGAUCGUUCUCCGCGGAAGGUAACGGUACGUCCGAAACGGAUGUCGAUGGAGUGUACAAUCUACCAGCGGGACCCGUGGGUCGCGCCAGGAGAAGACUCCAUGAGCUCCUCGAGGAUUCCUUCAGCCUCUUCGGCAGCAGAGACGCCAAGAUUAAAGAGCCGCAGUCGCAAACGACGCAGCCACCGCCGAAUGCGGUCUCGCGAACGGCGGACACACUCGCGAUACUCUCGGAGACCAGAGGCAAAUCCGCAAACGUCAGUCCAGUAGCAACACCCACGAUGGAAAUGAAAACACGACCACGUACAUCAUUACCACGCAGAGGUCUCGACGAGGACAUCCCGGAAACAGGUCAGACCGGGCCGCUUCAUCCUCGCGGUGCCUGGGGCUCGAGGCCACUUAGCGCAGGACCGUUCCAUCGGCCGAACUUGCCGGAAGUGGACAGCAGACGCAUAUUAGCGGAAAGUAGACUUCUACCGGAAGAUCCCGCGGUACCUUUAAUCGCGUCCAUCAAGAAGGAACUGGAGAAGUUCUCGCCUCUGUAGGAGGACACACAGCUGCAACAGGAGUGCAUCAGCCUGAGUCCGCCGUCCGCAGAGUCAUGUCACUCUUUAUAAAUUGAAGAGGACAGCGUGUAAAUAACUUAGAUUAACCUUUUCCACAAGAUUUUGUAUCUCGACGUUGAAGAAUUUCCCUUCUGUGUGAAUUAGAAUACAGCAAGCUCUGAAAUAUUUCGCACAUAAAUACCUCGUAGAAGCACAAACGUAUCUCGCAGAAGAAGACGAAAGUGAAUUAUGUACCGUAGCCUGUCUUGUCUUGUCUUGUUACAAAUCGAAAUUGUGCCACCGAACUGUUGACUUGUUAAUCAGCUGUAACUGUACAUAUUAUUGGGCAAGUAUACACUGGCGAAACUUGAUACGCCCGAUUGAGAUACUUCAGGUAGGAAGCUCGACUGAUUAAAUAACGAAAAAAUAAAGAAGAAAACACGAUGAGUACUUGUGACUGAUCCGUCCAAUGUGGAAAUGUAUCU